AUGAAACGGCACCGAACACCGCCACCGGACGUAACCACCGAGGAGCACGUCAGCCUCCAUGACCUGACAGCCGAGCAUGGCCAUGAGGCAGGCUCCAUCUGUAUCAUCUGCAAGCGGCCUACCCCUAACGCCAAGACUGGUAUCGACUUCCUCGUGCGGUUGCUGACGCUCGAGCAAACGGGCUGGGUGCGUGACGAGGAUGUGGGCACAUACAUCGACAAGGUGAAGGGAGGAGAGAAGAGGAUGGAUGCUGCCCCUUUCAUGGACGAGCUGCAGAAGAAGGGCAAGAAGAAGAAGCCAUUCGCAGAGGAGUCAGCCCUGCUGCUCAAGCAAGUUGCCAAGCUGAAGAUGGCGCAGGCGAAGGAGGGAGCCCCUGUGACCGUGUACUUCUCGGACAAAGAAAGCUGGUACAAUGGCACGAUCACGGCCGUGAACAGGGACCGGACAUUCACGGUUCUCUUCGAGGAUGGUGACGAGGAUGACUCGGUGCCUCUGACAGACCUAUACCAGAAGGUUGCGGUGCCGGCGGUCUCCAAGGCGUGCUCGGCUCCGGCGCUCCUUUAUGGGCUGCCAAGUGUGUCUACAGAGUCGCUGGAGAUCGAAUGCGACCAGGCCAGUGACUCGGAGGACUCCGACAGCGAUCCGACCUCGGAGGAGCCCGCGGCCGUGACUAACGCGGACGACGCGCCACCGCUUCUUGCCCAGGCGCCAGCGUUAACGCCAGUGGCUACAAUCGUCGCAGCUGCUCUGCUCGCUCUGGCAGCAGGGGUGACAGCUGCUCCAACCGUGUUCCAGCCAGAUGGCGGCGGUGCUGGCGCUGGGGGGCGAGGAUAG